GGGGAGGGGGGGGGGAGGAACAAGGCCCGCAUCGUUUAAUACUUUAAUACCUUAGAAAGCAACUAUAUCAGCAUGUGAAAGUUACCUUACGGCCAAUUCAGUGUUCUUUAUUCUCUUUCCCAUUUUUCAUCACUGAUUUAGAAUCUUUUACAACUUUAAGGCUAAUAUAAAUGUUUAAUGACUAUACCUUGCUUACCUAACAGACUCAAGAAUAGUCAAGUGCAGCAAUCGCCUGUCCUUACUAAUGAACCUCAUGCCUUUGAAUUGACAUGGAGGAAUUACUUACCUUCUUUUUCUCAAUUUUGCUGUUGUUUGAACAGAAGAGGAAACAUUCGACUUUCUGAUGACGACGACUUACUCAUCGUUCCACCUUAUUAUAACGACCAAACUUUAUACAGAGGAGAAGAGAUACAAACUUAUUUGAUAAACCCGCGAGAUUCUGAAUUUGAUUCUAUUUUAAGUGAACAGAGCAAUGGUAUUUCAGCCCAGCAAUUUUUAAGUAGAAAUCCUUUUGGUUACCAACAGCACCAACAACCACUAACGAAAAAGAAGAAGAAGAAGAAAGUUUUAGCGAACAGCAACAGCUUUCACAAGAAAAAUAGAAGAGGCAUUUAUUACUCAGACUACCAGCAGCAACAGCAUCAGUAUAAUAAUAGCAGCAGUACAGAGACGGAUACAUUAGUAACUGUCGAUGACAUCGACGAAGAAAAUGUUCUCGGUUCCUCGGUAUAUUAUCAUAAUGAGAAUAAUGAUGCUGAAUUCCUACCAGACGACCUAAUCGCCAGAUUGAUUCCGCAACAGAAAAGCAAGGUACCGACUGAUACUUACGCACAGAGUGACCAACAUGGUACCCUUCAAGGAACAAUUGUUGAAGAAACGCAUAUGGGAGCACAAUUUUCUUCUACUUACGAUCAUUUGAGCACAUUUCGGUCGAUACCGGAUUUAACGUAUACCGACGAUGAUACCAUAGUUACCGGUCCUUCUUCUACCUCUCAUGAUGUAGCAACGGCACCUAUCGUAAAUCCCUCAGCUAACAAUGGCAAUUCGAAACGUACAUCAUUCAUAUCAAUCGAAGCAGCACAAUUGUUGCUGAGCGAUAAACUCGACGACUUAACUGAAAAACUGACCUUCAUCAAAAAGAAUAUCAUGCAAAUUCCCACUCAGUCAAAGAAAAGACAGCAGCAUCAGAAUGGCCAGAAGGGCAAUAUAGACGAGGAGGAAGACGAAGAAUUUGACCGAACUACGCUCUAUACUCUACACCGUCAUGACAAAAGCGAGACCGAAUCAAUAAUAUCGGAAGUGCUGGAUACAUACGCCAAUACAGAUAACCAAAUGCCCAUUCAAAGUGACGAGACUAUACAUAUAGCUGCAGACAGACCACCUAAUCCAGCACCAACUGAUAAUAUUCUGGCUUCUUCUUUAUUUGACCAACGCAACGCACCUAUGACAACUUCCGACAACCUAAUCGGUAAUCUGCAAAACUAUACCGCUGGAGAACAGUUUCGAACUGUGGAUAGUGGAAGACCUAUUCAUCAAAGCACAACAGUUGGCGAUAUUGAUGACGAAGAAGGCAUCUCUGUCAAGACCGUACUCAACAUGGGCAGAAAAUGGUUUGGCGUUUGAGAAACCGACUUUGCACAUCUUCCUAAUGGAACAUAAUUUACGCGGAUAGUUUACAGACAUAUACACGCUCAAGGCUGUAUGCUCUUAUCUUAUACAUUUACGCUUUGUAAUUUUUUGAUGUAAGCUAGCAAAAUAUCUUUUGCUACACCUUAAGCCGCUUUUUUUUAGUCACAGUCGCGUGCACAUUAUCAGCAUUGCUCAACUUUAAAAUAAACUGACGACUCAUUUAGCAUUGUAGGUUUCACAAUCUAUUUCA